CGCGAGAGCAGCCUCUAACGCGGAAUGCGGUGGCGGAGAGAACUCUCGCGAGAACGAAUGCCACCCCGGAGGGUACUUGGCGCCGGGGAGCCGAGAAACAUGGCGCGGCCAGAGCCGUCCCGGCGCCGGCUCAACCCGCAGCUGGAGCGCGACGUGCGGGAGCUCGUGCGCCACGUGGCGGGCCUCCGGGACGACGUGGACCCCAACUUCCAGCUCUGCCUGCACUUCGCCUGGUCCAACUUCAGAUUUCAUCGUUUCUUGGAUGUCAACAGUCACAAAGUAGAAAAGACAAUAGAAGGAAUUUAUGAAAAAUUCAUCAUUCAUUCUGAUCUUGGUAAAGCUGCCAGUUGGAAGAGAUUAACUGAGGAAUUUCUAAACGCAUCACUUCCGAACAUAAAGGAAAUAAAGACAGAUGCGCAUUAUUCCAUACUGUCACUUCUCCUAUGUCUUUCUGACUCUCCUUCAAACAGCAAUUACGUGGAAAUGCCAAGAGAUAAAGAAGUGGAAAAGAAAGAUGAUUUUGACUGGGGGAAAUACUUAAUGGAAGGUGAAGAAAUUGACCUUAGUCCAAAUAUAGACACACCGAAUUGGUCUGAAGAAAGCGAGGAUGAAGAUGAUACACAGCCCUGGAGCAGAGAGGAUUCUGGAAUUCAGGUGGAUAGGACACCAUUAGAGGAACAAGAUCACAACAGAAAGCCAGGGCCAUGUGUCAGCUGGAAAGGUUCCUCUUGUUUGGGACUUUCUGUGCUUCCUGGACUUUUACCAGUGGAUGAGCCAGAUGCCCGAAGCUGGCUGGAGCAGCAUGUGGUCCAUCAGUACUGGACAGCUCAAUCCUCGACGUUUCCUCAUAGUUUGCAUUUGCACUCCAAUUUAGCUGCUGUCUGGGACCAGCACUUGUACAGCAGUGACCCGUUAUAUGUUCCAGGUGACAGAGUUUUUGUUACUGAGACACAGGUUAUUCGGGAAACCCUAUGGUUACUUUCAGGGGUCAAAAAGCUCUUUAUAUUUCAGUUGAUAGAUGGGAAGGUAAAUGUGAGAAACAAUGUAAUAGUGACCCAUUUGACACAUAGCUGUUUGCGAUCAGUGCUGGAGCAGAUAGCAGCGUAUGGCCAGGUUGUGUUCCGACUCCAGGAGUUCAUCGAUGAAGUCAUGGGGCACAGCUCCGAGCAUACGCUUCCUGGGAAUGGAUCCAUCCUUAAGAAGCUAACGGAAGCUCCCUUUCGAACUUACCAGGCUUUCAUGUGGGCCCUAUACAAAUACUUUAUUACUUUCAAAGAGGAACUUACAGAAAUUGAGAAGUGUAUCAUCAAUAACGAUACGACAAUAACUCUUGCCAUAGUAGUGGACAAGUUGUCGCCUCGACUGGCUCAGCUGAAGGUUCUGCACAAAGUCUUUAGCACUGGCAUAGCAGAAGUCCCACCGGACACUCGGAAUGUCGUGCGGGCAUCUCACCUGCUUAACACCCUAUACAAGGCCAUUCUUGAAUAUGACGAUGUUGGAGAAGCCUCUGAGCAAACCGUCUCACUGCUUUUCUCUCUCUGGGUGGAAACCGUGAGGCCAUACCUGCAGAUUGUGGACGAGUGGAUUGUGCACGGCCACCUAUGCGACUGCGCCCGGGAAUUCAUCAUCCAGAGAAACAAAAAUGUUCCAGUAAAUCACAGAGACUUUUGGUAUGCGACGUACACGCUGUACAGUAUAUCAGAAAAGACAGAAAAUGAAGAAAAAAUGAGUGAUAAUGCCAGUGCAAGUUCUGGCAGUGACCAGGGGCCCUCCAGCCGACAGCACACCAUGGUGUCCUUCCUCAGACCCGUCCUGAAGCAGAUCAUCAUGGCUGGCAAGUCCAUGCAGCUGCUCAAACACCUGCAGGUUGGGGACAGCACCAUGUGCCAGGCCACAGCCAGAGAUGCAGGAAGAAAAGGCUUAUAUAGCCUCUUCCUGGAAUCUGUGCAGUCACGCCUUCGACAUGGAGAAGAAGCCCGUACACAGCCCCUCACUGAACAGCAGGCAGCCCAGGGGAACCUCAUUAGGAUGCAGUCCAUUGCAGAACGACACCUGGAGCUGGACGAUGCUCACGACCCCCUGCUGGCAGUCAACUUUGCCAGGUUGUAUUUGGAACAGAGUGACUUUCACGAGAAGUUUGCUGGUGGAGAUGUAUGUAUGGAUAGAUCCUCGGAAUCUGUGACGUGCCAGACGUUUGAAUUCACGCUGAGAUCUUGCCUCUAUCCCCAUAUUGACAAGCAGUAUCUAGAUUGCUGUGGAAACCUCAUGCAAACGCUGAAAAAAGAUUACAGGUUGGUGGAGUACUUGCAGGCCAUGAGGAAUUUUUUUUUGAUGGAGGGUGGAGAUACCAUGUAUGACUUCUACACAUCAAUUUUUGAUAAAAUAAGAGAAAAGGAAACCUGGCAAAAUGUGUCUUUUCUUAACGUCCAGCUCCAAGAAGCAGUAGGACAGCGUUAUCCUGAAGACAGUUCACGUCUAUCUAUAUCUUUUGAAAAUGUGGACACAGCUAAGAAGAAACUCCCUGUUCACAUUUUAGAUGGCCUGACUCUGAGCUAUAAGGUCCCAUGGCCUGUGGACAUUGUUAUAAGUUCAGAAUGUCAAAAAAUUUAUAAUCAGGUGUUCCUUCUCCUACUGCAAAUAAAAUGGGCAAAAUACAGUCUGGAUGUUUUACUAUUUGGUGAACUAGCUGGACAGCCACCACUGCAGGACGGGCUUUUGUGUGGACAGGAAAUGGCUGCCCAGUUUGGACCACAGAAGAAACCAGUGAGGCAGCAGAUUCAUCGCAUGUUCCUCUUGCGCGUGAAGCUCAUGCACUUUGUGAACAGCUUGCACAACUACAUCAUGACCAGGAUUCUUCACAGUACAGGGUUGGAAUUUCAACAUCAAAUUGAGGAAGCCAAGGAUUUAGAUCAAUUGAUUAAAAUUCACUAUAGAUAUUUGUCAACCAUCCAUGAUCGAUGUCUGCUAAGAGAAAAGGUCAGCUUUGUGAAGGAAGCCAUCAUGAAGGUGUUGAACUUGGCUCUCAUGUUUGCAGAUGGCUGGCAGGCAGGCCUUGGGGCUUGGCAGAUGGAAUCUAUAGAGAAAAUGGAGUCUGAUUUUAAAAACUGCCAUAUGUUUCUUGUCACCAUUUUAAACAAAGCCGUCUGUAGAGGGUCCUUUCCCCAUCUGGAGUCUCUAGCACUGUCCCUCAUGGCUGGCAUGGAGCAGAGUUAAACAUCUUCGUGUGAUAAACGCCUCGGACUUCAGCUCCAUACCUGUACAGCUCCAGCACAUGCAGCUGAGAAAUAAGGAUCAUUUGUUUUUGUCUCUUUUUUAAAAACUGUUCUCUACUGUCUAGACAAGUGGGUUUGUAGGUGUUUUCUCUGAAGCUUAUUGGAUAUUGUAUAGGGUUAUGUAUAUAAAAUUAUAUCAAUAAAUAAUGCAAAGUGUACAUAGGCUAUUUACACUUAUAUUUCCUACUGUCAGCUAUAGAUUUAUGGCAUUGUUACCUUUAGAUGUGAAUGACAUUUUUGAAAAUGUAAUUGUUAAUAUUAAAAAUACAGCACUUUACAUUUUUUUAUUCUU